UAAAGCCUCUAAAAUCAGAUAAAAUUACACAUGCCUCUCUCUUUCUCUUCUUCAAUCUUCACUUCACCAGUCCUCCCAUUUUUCAGAGCUCAGCAAGCGAAAUGGGUCCAGAACCCAUUUCGAAAUUCACAGAAAUCAAGGGGUUUUAAUGUGAGAGCAGGACCCAAAAGGAUAUCUUUUGAUAAUGACUGCAGAAGGGCUCUUCAGUCUGGGAUUGAUAAGCUUGCUGAUGCCGUCUCAGUCACUUUGGGACCUAAAGGGCGUAAUGUUGUUCUUGAUGACCCGGGAAUACCUAAAGUAAUCAAUGACGGUGUUACAAUUGCUCGAGCUAUUGAACUCCUGGACCCAAUUGAGAAUGCGGGUGCAACGUUAAUCCAGGAGGUAGCCUCUAAGACAAAUGACUCGGCUGGUGAUGGCACUACCACUGCAAUUAUCUUGGCUCGAGAAAUUGUUAAAUUAGGGAUGUUAGCGAUUGCUUCGGGGGCUAAUCCAAUUGCUUUGAAGAGAGGAAUUGAUAGAGCAGUUAGUGAACUUGUUCAAAUCUUAAGGACUAAGUGUCUUCAUAUAAGCAGGAAGGAGGAUAUAAAAGCCGUGGCCUCAAUUUCUGCUGGAAAUAAUGAUUUCAUUGGAGAUUUAAUUGCUGGAGCUAUAGAUCAAAUUGGUCCUGAUGGGGUUAUAACAAUUGAAUCAUCCUCUUCUUUUGAUACCACUGUUGAAGUGCAAGAAGGAAUGAAGGUAGACAAGGGUUACCUGUCUCCCCAUUUCAUUACAAACCAGAACAAAUCAAUUGUGGAAUUUCAGAAUGCUAAAGUGUUAGUAACUGACCAAAAGAUAACUAGUAUCAAAGACAUCAUUCCUUUGUUAGAAAAGACCACUCAACUGAGUGUUCCAUUGUUAAUUAUUGCUGAGGAUGUUUCAAGCGAAGUGCUGGCAACUCUGAUCCUUAAUAAGCUGCGAGGAAUAAUAAAUGUUGCAGCCAUCAAGUGUCCAGGGUUUGGAGAGGGGAAGAAGGGUAUUUUGCAAGAUAUUGCUCUAAUGACUGGUGCUGAUUUUCUUGCUAGUGACUUGGGGUUGACGCUUGAAGAUGUUACUUCAGACCAGCUCGGUAUUGCUCAGAAGAUUACUAUCACUAGCAAUUCCACAACCAUUGUAGCUGACCCAUCUACCAGAGCUGAGAUCCAGGCACGAAUUUCACAAAUAAAGAAGGAUUUAGCUGAAUCAGAUAAUAGCAAUCUGUCAAGAAAGCUCUCUGAAAGGAUCGCAAAGCUCUCUAGUGGUGUAGCUGUGAUCAAGGUGGGAGCAGCCACUGAGGCUGAACUUGAAGAUAGGAAGCUCAGGAUUGAGGACGCAAAGAAUGCUACCUUUGCUGCCAUAGAUGAGGGAAUAGCACCUGGAGGUGGUGCAACAUAUGUACAAUUAUCAAAGCAUAUUCCCAAAAUAAGAAAAUUGAUCGAAGAUUCAGAAGAGAAAAUUGGCGCUGACAUAGUUGAAAAGGCACUUCUCGUACCAGCCAUGUCAAUAGCGAACAACGCAGGAGUUGAUGGCGCAGUUGUCGUUGAGAAACUUCUUUCCAGUGAAUGGCGAAUCGGAUACAAUGCAAUGACUGACGAGUACCAAGAUCUUCUUGAAUCUGGUGUUAUAGAUCCAUGCAAGGUUUCGAGGUGUGCACUCCAAAAUGCUGCCUCUAUUGCCGGAGUAAUCCUCACAACCCAAGCUGUUCUUGUUGAGAAAGUAAAGCAGCCAAAGCCUGCAGUUCCUCUUGUUCCUGGAAUCUCACCUUAAAUUUUCAAAAGAGCAUUUCAGAACUAAAGAAGAAGCUAACCAGGCUGAACAUGUGCAUUCUAUGUGCGCGUUAUACUCCAAACUUGUGUUGGAUUUCGUCUCAAAUUUGGUAACUGAUGGAUACCAGUGCGUUAAUUGAAAAUUUUUGGUCAUACUUUGACAGAUGCAUCAACAUUUUUAUGACAUAAACUGAUUAGUUUUAUCUUUUAGUAGGAGAUAUUACCUGUCCAUUUUAAUUUGAUGUAUAGUGUCAAUAGUUGCUUUGUAUUUAUUUAAAUGAUUGGAGAAAUUAUGUUCCUUGAUUCUUGUAGUA